AUGCGCAUGGACGACGUCUCUGCGGAAGGGCUGCAGCUCAAGUCGUUUGGGACGGCGGACCUGGGCAAAGAGUUGGCUGCCUAUAAAAUAUGGAUGGAUGACCCUGGGUUGAAGUACGAGCUGGGGACAGAUGAGGGCAUGACGGAGGACGAGAUAAAAGACAUGCAGAGGAAAUGGUUGGAGGACGAAGACAAGUUCGAUUAUACGAUUUGGGCGGAUGGCCAGCCAGUGGGCGACAUUGGAUUGUUUUAUAAAAGGGAUGAGAACGGACACGUCGAUCAUACGGAAGGGGAAAUCAGUAUGAUGAUAGCCGAGAAGGCUUACCGUAGAAAAGGGCUGGGUAAACUCGCGUACCAGCUGGCUAUCCAGGAGGCGUUUAAAAAGUUCAACACUAAACGUGUCGUCGCCAAAAUCAAGCAAGACAAUGAGGCCAGCAUCCGCUUUUUCCAGCGGCUCGGCUACACCGAAGAAUCCAGAUCCCAGGUUUUCAACGAAGUGACCAUGGUCUUGCAGCGGUAG